AUGUUGUCAGAUGUCAUGACGGGCCAAACCUCCGCCGACUCCCAACCUGGGCACGAGCUCGUUUCGAUCAGUGAGACGCCUCCAUCAAAAUCCGAUACAGCUGUCGCCAGUGGGAAACAGCAAACUGAAAAUUCCGAUAUUCCUCCACCAAAAACCGAUAAACCUAGGCCUCAUGUUUGCACAACGUGCGGCAGAUGUUUUGCCCGUCUAGAGCACUUGAAACGUCAUGAGCGGUCUCAUACCAAAGAAAAGCCUUUUGAAUGCCCUGAGUGCACCAGAUGCUUUGCACGAAGAGACCUCCUUCUACGACAUCAGCAGAAGCUCCAUAUGACGUCCGCCCCGUCAUCCCGGCCUAAAACCGCGCGACGAGAAAGCACCAGCGGCGCCGGACCAGGAUCAACUCGGGUCCGCAAAAAUUCCAUUGCUAAUAAUGGGAACACCGGCAAUAAUAUGAGGCCGCGAGCGAAUACUAUCAGCCAUCUGGAUCGUUCGUCGCUUGGGAUCAUCGGUGUUGGGAAUCCACCUAGUUCAAGACCGCCUCAUCUCACUCACACCAGUCACCCGAGUUUAAGUUCGAUACCUGGUCUUCCUAACUACGGAUUUCGGGGCCUUCCUUCCGAGCAGCAGAAUAUCAACAAUGGCUUGACAAAACUAGAUACUGGCAUUCCUAUGGACCUGACUAAUGGCCUGCGGACCGCACCUGUUCUUGGUAGUUUCAACGAGGCAAACUUCGGGGACAUGAUAUUAAACCAGGAAAACAAUACCAUUAACCCUGCUCAAUUACAUUUUGGAUCGCCUCACCCUUUUGGUAGCGACACUGCGACAUCAUCCUUCCAUCAAACAUUUUCGGGCUUGCCCUCACAGAGCAUUAUCGACGAUGAUCUCAACCCGGACUGGCUGCACGGGUUUGAGAAUACAAUGACAUUCGCCAACGCGAAUGAGUCUGCGAUUGAUGGUUCGUCACCUUCAGCCAUGAGCACAGGAAGUCAAAGCGGAAUCAGUGAAGUGAUGUUGGACGGAUCGAACCAAGCAGUGUUCAACCUAGAAUUUACGUCCCCUUUCGCGGAUAUGCAAUCCGAAGCUGUUUCGCCUAAGUCCCUGCUUGGACAGAACCAUUUUUCUGACCAGUCGUUCUCUGCUCGACCUACGAGGAUUCAAUCUGGAUUGUCUGGAGUACCAAACAAUAUUUUUCAUCCCCCAUUAGUCACAAACGGAGAUAUAGGGGAUUCUUCCGGAACAACCGGACAUAACAACUUUGCACCCAAUUCCACGUCGUCGAUGUCCACGGAAACCAUUACCGAGUCCACUCGUCAAGCUCUCCUGGCUAAUCUACAUCAGCCUUCGGGUAUCUCUCAUCGUCGAUUCUCCCAGCCAACAAACGCCCAAUUUUCCUGCCCCGGCACAAUCCCCCGUCAACACUCUGUUAGCAGUAGCGCAUAUGCUCUUCCGAGUACAAUUGAUCUCCAACGUUACAUCGCAGCAUAUGUCACCUAUUUUCACCCACACCUGCCCUUCCUCCAUAUUUCCACCUUGGAUUUUGAUUCUCCCGAAUACUCUGGAAGCCUAAAAAAUCCUAGUGGACAACUAAACUCUGGAUCGCUUCCUGUUUCUGGUGGAGGUGGAUGUUUGAUUCUCUCCAUGGCAGCUAUUGGUGCUUUCCUUUUGGUUUCUGCUUACAACCAUUCUCCGCCGCUUAUGAACUCGGAAAUUCGACUUGAUUUACCAUGCGACGAACAACUCUGGGCUGCGGAAUCCGCUCAGGCUUGGGCAUCAUUGGGUGGAACAACAGCUCAUCAUAGGGAAAUACCGUUUUCUGUGGCCCUGACAACGCUCCUUACCGCUAGUCACCGACGACAAUCGGGCUCCCCGCAACAAAAGCAUUUUAGCGUAAAUGCUCCCGGCGACGACCACCCUCAAAGCGAUGUGAAACCAAAGGCAAUGCAUGCCCAUAUUGAACCUGCUCUUCGGGCUUGGCAGGCGGCAUGGAGUGCCAACCCUAGGCAUAGUCUUGAGCGGCCAAACCCGUACGGCCUGGGACCUCUGUCGGCAGAUAGCAUACCUCUCUUGGAUCUUGCUUAUAUUAGAUUAUUCGUUAACUUGGGUCGGUCCAAGGAAGCAUUCUGGCAAAGGGAUUGGAACGGCAUGGCUGACGAACUGGCAAGAGGAGCGGAAAUUAUUCAACAUGCAGAUGACCCUAGAGCUGAUUAUCCUUCCCAGGACCACCAGCUUGAGGGAGGAAAUCAAGCCAGCGGCAGGCGAGCUUCCAUUAGUGAAUACGGCGUGGCAGACUUGACACUCACUGGUAACGUGAAUCAAGAACAUAACAUGCAGAACAAUAUUUCGCAGCAGCAGAUAGAAGCAUCAAGACGUGAACGUCAUCUUCGAAAAGCAGCCUUCUACGCGGCUGACUCAAUAUCUAUGUCUGAUAAGUUAGGAAACACCUAUGCUGAGUUCACGUCGCGGGAGCUUCCUAUCCAAAGCGCAUUGUGUGCGUUUGACUGUGCCCAGAUCUUGGCCGAAUGGGUAACUACAAUUCAAGAACGCAUUGGUCCGUAUCUCGGGAUUUUGGGACAGGAUGCGAUGGAUUUGACCCAAGUUCCCGGAAUAAUGCUACUGGAAGACGAAGAUUACAAGCUGAUUCAAAAGAUCCAAGAAAUCCUCAGCAAUGUUGAGGCAAAAAUGAAGGAUGCUUCGCAUCAUCCUGGUACAUCUGGAAACGAGCCAUCCAAUUGUCUGCCCAGCUUGGUCGAUGGCGGUUUUGGUACAAAGAUUCUGUUCUCGACGGCUUACCUUCUGGACAGGGCGGCUGUUUGGCCAGGUGAGAAUAUCCACUAA